AUGGCGCAGAAAGAGACGUACGAAGAAUUGAAAAGGCAAAGAAGCUACCACGAAAGAAAGCUGAUUGAUGAACUCAAAUUUAAAAGGUCGUGCGUAAGAUUAGCACCAACUCUACCAUCAGAAGCAGAAGUUCAAAGGAAGAUCCGAAAAUUCAUUCGUGAAAUACUCCGUCUCACAAAGGAGAACCACCUCCAAGAUGCUUUCACAGAGGUUCAAGGUGCUCGGACCAGCCACUAUGCGCGGGCGGAGGCCACCCUCUACAAGUCGAAGAUGGAAGGUGUCUGGCUAAAAGCAAACCACAUCAAGGGGUGCAUACGAGGCGCGAUGGAAGGCCUCGCAAUGGCUCAUGAGGCGUACAAGUUCCUGAUAUUGGCAGAAGCAGCUACUGAUGAGUCGAGACAGAAGUUCUACGAUACGGACAUCGAAGGAGUGUCGAUAGAACCGGCCUUUAUCGUUGAGUACACAAGGAAAGAGAUGGAUUUCCUUGAUGAACUGCUGCGAAAUAUUGAGGGAGAAAUGAAAAAUGCGGAAAUCCAGUUGUCAUUGGAACAACAUACAAACCCAAUUGCAGAGCUAAUUGAGAUCGUCAGCGGAUUUUGCCAAGACAUGACUGAGUCGAAUAACCAUCUGCAGCAAGAAGUGGAAACCCAAAAAAGGCAGAUUCAAGAAAUCGCAGAGGUGUUGAAGGCGAUACGAGAAGACAUCGCCAUCCUCAACCAGAGGCAGGCUGCAACCGAAGCGCAAAGGGUCCUUCUCACGGAGCAACACGUAACGAAGGACGUGGUGCAAGACACAGUGUCUGAAGAAACCAACGAGGAGCCCGCAGAAUUCGACGAGGGAGAAGCAGAUCAGACCAAGGAUGCGGUGCAAGACACAGGGCCCGCAGAAUUCGACGAGGUAGAAGGAGAUCAGACCGAGGAUUUGGUGCAAGACACAGGGUCGAGAGAGUUCGACGAGGUGGAAGCAGGUCAGACUCAACCGAGGACCGGGGAUCCAGUGCAAGACACAGUGCCUAGAGGAGGCGAGGAAGUACAAGAAGACUUACUGGAUCUUGGAGAUGAUUAUGACUGUGAGCAGGAAUUCGAAUGUCGGGAUGAUGAGACUUUGGUGCACAACGAGGACCAAUCUAACAGACAUCACGAAUCCAAGCAGGAGACUCCGCAGGAAGAAAGGCGAAGCCGAUCGAAGCGCAAGAAAGACACGGUGGGACAGUCUCCGGAUCCUCUUGAGCCCGAAAGGAAACGAAGGAAGCUCGUAGAAGAGCUCGAAUGGUUGAGCAAAGACAUCCGAGCAAACCGACAUUGUCCCCGACGUACAAUUGCGUACAUUAUGGAAAUGAGGGAGGAAGAUAAGUUCUUGCGUUGUUCGUUUUGUGACCGUAAAGGACUACAUUACAGUGAUAACUGCCCCUUCGUAAGCAUCGUGAGUGAACGCUGUAAACGCGUCUGGUGUAACUACUGCCUGGAUACUUGGCAUUCGACGGAUCGAUGUUGGCGCAAAAAACCAUUUUGCAAAUACUGCUUCACUCGGAAACAUCACAGUGCAUUAUGUGAGACACCUGAAAAAGCUGAGCGCGAAGAGGCGAGGUUCAGACUGCUUCAGCAGGAACUGGAAGAUUUGGAGCAGCAUUAUGGCGGACCAUCACGUUAG